AGUUGUCUCCGGGAACCGUGGUGGGAAAGGCUUGUGGAUUUCCUGAGCGCAUUGUGUGCGAGGAAGUGAGCAGCGGCUGGGCUGAGGUCAGACGGGGAUUUUGCUUCCCGAGCCGAGGUGACUCUAGUUGCCUCCGGUUCGGCGUGGCAUCAGGACGCCGAGCUGUGCGCGUCAGCUUUUUCUCCAGGCGCCUGUGCUGCCGACCGGCGCCCGCUGGGAGAUGAAGUGGAUGGUGAUCGUCGCGUUGGUCCUGCCGGCCUGGUCCGCCCCCUGCAGCAGCAUGGCUGGGAGCAAUGGAGAGGAGGGCCUCUGCCAUGUCCACCACGGCGCGCUCGGCACCGACCUGCUUCUUCGCUGCGACGGGCCCGUCGGGGCCGCCAGGGCGGAAUGGAGAGUGAAUGGCACCAAGGUGGCCGUGUCCGAGGACGCGGCGGGAGGAGACAAGGACCAGCUCUUACUGCGGAACGCCAGCCUGGCCCAGGAGGGGGAAUACAGCUGCCACCACCCGGGCACUGGGAAGACCCUGCGCAGGAUUCGGCUGCGGGUGGGCUCGCCCCCCGAGAAGCCUGCCAUUGAGUGCUGGGCUGUCAGUUACCCCGAGACCGUCAACUGUACUUGGAAGUUGAAGUCUGAACCGCGUCUGGAGACUUAUUUCAUCACCACGUACAGGCAUGGCCUGGGGGCCAAGGAGAACGAGUGUGUCCAGCCAGGGGCCGGGGCCAGCAGCUGCUCCAUCAGCGACAUCCAGAUGUUUUCCAUCACCCCCUAUGUGCUGAACGUGACGGCUGUGAACCCGCUGGGCGCGACGAUGAACCUCUUCCCCUUCAUCGUAGAGGAGAUCAUCCGGCCGGAUCCCCCGGAAGACCUGAGGGUCUCCCCCAUCCCUGGGGAGAGCAAGAAGCUGCUCCUGGAGUGGCAGCCGCCCAGUACCUGGCCCUUCCCGCAGUACUUCCCGCUCAAGUACCUCAUUCGCUACGCGAGGGCGGGAGCCAACAACAACCGAACGAUCGGGCCAUACGAGCAGACCUCCUUCACCCUGACUGGGAUCCGCCCCAGAGCCAUCCACCACGUGCAAGUGGCAGCCAAGGACUUCACGGACUACGGUGACUACAGCACCUGGAGCCCGCUGGUAUCGGGCACCCCCUGGACACAGCCGUGAGCGGAGGGGAUGUCUGGUGCGGCCAGAAGCUCUUGGAGUCAAGAUUUGAUUUGCUUUUGCCUUCACCUUCCGCUCAGGCCGCUGCAAUUCACCUGACAGAAAACACAGGAGCUGGGUUGGGAUGGGAGAGGGUCCCUAUGCUUUGAUCCUCCUUGUUGCUCUGUGUAACCCACUAAGGACUCCUGCCGGAUUCAACCUGCUGUGGGCCUCAGACGCUGGGGCUGAGUUUCCUUGAAGCAGAGAAAGUACGUGCCCCACUGGUAGGCGUGUGGGACAAGGCUCACUCUGGCCGGUUCACCGAGGACAUGAGUCUGGUACAGAUCCAUCUCCAGAGCAGCUCGGGAGGUCCCCAGGGUGACUGACACGCCUGCCCUGUCUGUUUCAUUUAACCAUCCCCUGCUAGCAGGGCCAACUCAGAACAUGGUUCCCAAGAGAACCGGAGCUAAAUUCCAGCCCAAAUCCUGCUCUUCGGACAAAGCACGGUUCAGCUCCUGAUUCAAAGCCAAGCUGGCGGCAGGAAGGGCCUGCCGCUCCUUCCCAGGGCCCCUGCCUCAAGGCUGGCUUUGGCCAGUUCACUUCAAACGCCCCUUUUGUCAAUGGCUGAUCCUCCUCGCGAGCCUGGUUCCCCACCCGCUGACCCUCUUCCCAGGACCCAAGGCCUUUUGGUUUUCUGCCCCUUCUCUGGCCAGUUCCCUUCCUGUCAUCCUCUCCCACGAUGGAUGCCCUCCUCUCCCCUGUGUCCCUGUUCUCUGUGCCAGACCCACCAUCCUACUCCUAAAGAGGAGACAGCACGGGAGGCCCUGUGGGACCAAAUCAUGGUGUUGUGCCACCAGCUUCUAAUAUCCCAUCUGUCAGUGCCUUGGAACUAUGCAUGUAUUUUCUGGCUUUGUAUGAAUUUAGCAGCUGACCUUGUAAUCGACUGACAUGUGUGUUGAUGUCACAGGGAUAGGAAUAUCCCGUGUCCACAGGCAUCGCUUAUAUGUCGGAUUUUCCUAUAGACAAGGCAUCUUGUAAUCAGGUUAAACAUAUUUAGAAUAACCAAAAUACUCACUCACUUUUUAGCCAAAGAAGUCAGAAUGCUCCGGCAUUCUGUCCGAGAACGUGCUCUUUAAUGCAGAAUGUGUACUGUAGAGAAGUCAAAAAGCAAAUGGAUAAAAGAAAUAAAGUGCAUUUAUAUUACGCGA